AUGGAUGAAGACUGGAGGUCCCAAAUCCUCAAGUACCUCAGAACUGGAUGGUUGCCAGAAGACAAGGCCGAAGCCAAGAAGUUGGUAAGGGGCGCCUCCUGGUACACUAUAAUUAACGACGACCUCUUCAAGCGGGGAUUCUCCACCCCCCUUCUCAAGUGCUUGCCCAACGACAGAGCGGCUUAUGUCUUAGCGGAAAUCCACGAGGGCAGCUGUGGCCACCAUCCGGGUGGACGUUCCCUUGCCCGAAAAGUACUCCGAGCUGGUUACUACUGGGCCACCCUGGAGAAAGAUGUUGCGGAUCAUGUUAAGCAGUGUGACCCCUUCCAGAGGCACGCUGACCUGCACAACGCUCCCCCUGCACGUCUUUCAUCUCUAGUCAGUCCUUGGCCUUUUCACCAAUGGGGCAUGGAUUUAUUAGGCCCGUUCGACACAGCCCCCGGUCAGCUCAAGCACUUGGUUGUGGCAGUGCAUUACUACACCAAGUGGAUCGAGGCAGAGCCGCUAGCGACAAUUACCUCAGCUCGAGUACAACGCUUCUUCUACAAGAACGUCAUCAGUAGAUUCGGGGUCCCCGGGGUCCUAGUCACAGACAAUGGGACCCAGUUUACCUCUAAAGGGUUUAGGGAUCUCUUGGACGGGCUACACAUCAAGCAGCGGUUUACCUCCGUCAAGCACCCCCAGACAAACGGGCAGGCAGAGUCAGCCAACAGGGUCAUCCUCCGAGGCCGCCGGAAAAGGUUGGGGAAGGCCAAAGGCGACUGGGCCGAGCAACUCGACCACGUCCUGUGGGCAUACUGCACUACUCCGCACUCGACUAUGGGGAAGAGCCCGUACCGCCUCACCUUUGGCACAGAAGCAGUGAUCCCGGCCGAAAUAGGGGAACCGUGCGCUCGAACGGCUGGAUUCGACCCCGACCAAAACGACCAACUCAUAGAGGAGGACCUCGAUCUCCUGGCUGAAAGAAGAGCGGUCGCCAACUGCAGAGAGCUGAUCGUAAAGCAACAUGCGGAUGUUCGCUACAACAAGAAAGUAGUUCUCCGCUCCUUUGCCACGGGGGACUUGGUCCUCCGGAAUGCCAGAAUCGGAGCACGUUCGACCGAGCGCGGAAAACUAGCAGCCAACUGGGAAGUCUCUUAUAGGGUGACAGAAGCAACCGGCACAGGAGCAUACAAGCUGGAAACUCUAGCAGGAAAAGGGAUCCCCCGCACCUGGAAUGCAACCAAUCUGAGGAGAUACUACAGCUAG